GGGCGAUAGACGGCGGUUGCCUAUCGGCCGGCGAAGCAAGAGACUGUCUAAAAAACUUUAAAAAUUAAUAAAUAAAAGCGAAAAAGACAGCAAAAGAGAAGGAGACGGUGUCCGCGAAACCAGCGAAAUUGGGCUAAGACCAUGCCCAUGCAAUUGGCCAACUUUUCUGUAAUAUUAUAGGCCAAAUUGUAGGAAGAGGAAGAGGAGGAGGCUUAUAAAUUAUGGAGCUACGCGAAUUGCGCGGUGGAAAUGGAGGAAAUGGAGGAGGAUCAGGUGCACCUGGAGCACCAGGAUCCUCUGGCAAUGGAGCCCCCAGUCCCGAGCUCGGUGACAUAUGCAUUGGAGGCGCCGCCGGUGGACAACGGAUGCCCACCAAAGCGGAUAUAUUCAUGGAGCAACUGAACGCGACCAAUGCCAAAAAGGUGGCUCUUCUCUUGGUCCUCGGAUUCAUCGUAUAUCACGGCCUGCUCAAUUGGAAUUACGGCAGUGACUCCUGCCAGUGGCUGCUGUCCAAGGGCCGUUUCAAGGGCGACAACGAGUGGCAGCCGUACGGCUGCAUGGUGCACAAGUACUCCCUCACUGACACCCGGCGCUGCUUGCGUUACUUGGCCUUCUUCGACAACAAGAACAAUUUUGUCUUCAUUGGCGACGAGAGUGUGCGGCUGCUCUACGAGCGUUUUGUGGAGCAACUGCGUCUGCCGUUGGCCGCCGACGAGGUGCCCGAUGAGGAGGACAACAAUGCCUCGGUGGCGGACGGAUCCGCUCGUUUCGAGGACAAGAAACUGCACAUGCUGGCCCAGUACAUACGGGCGGAGGAGGUGAGUCCGACGCUGGUGGAGCAGCUGUACCGUCUGGAGGCCGAGAAGCAGUUGUCCUCCGUGUACGUGGUGGGCUUCACCUAUGCCAGUUUGCUGGCCGGCAACACCACCGACGAUGUGUUGCGUCAGUAUGCCGCCAAUCUCACCCUGCUGGUGGCCCCAUUCCAUCGCCUGGUGGCACAAACAUCGCGGGUCCUCUGGAAGCUGGCCGAUCGCGUGGACGAGGAGAAAUUACCGUCGCAUUGGAAGCUACUGCAGAACGAGCACUUGGAUCGCUUGAAUCAUGUGGCCAGGGGUGUUUUCCGCUACACGGAGGCCACCGUUUGGGAAUCCGCCUGGCACAUAGCCAACGGUCUGCUCGACAACGCCAUCGAUGGCCAUCAACUGUGCGCCCAUGGCCAGCGGCUGGAGGUUCAGUUGCUGUGGAACAUGUACUGCAACGACUAUAUGAACUACAAUGAUGGAACCUGCUGCAGCAGCGCCGAGCCGCACACCACGCUCCAAAUCGUCGCCUACGCCCUCUUUGGCGUCUGCAUGACCCUCGUGUGCGGGAUGUGCCUGCGCAGAUGGCUGCUCCACCUGCGUGGCCAGACCCUAUAUGUGCCAUUGCAGCAGCAACAGCAGCAGCAGCAUCAGCAUCAGCACCAGCAGCAAUCCAAUGGAGGAGCACCUAGCAAUGCCUUAUCCGCCCUGAUGACCGACUAUGGCACACCCAUGGUGGCACUAUCACUACUUGGCCUUAUACUGGCCUAUUUCUACCUCUGCGAUCGCACCAAUUUCUUUAUGAAGGAGAACAAAUACUAUUCGGAGUUCAGCUUCUGGAUACCGGUGGGCUAUGUCUUCGCAUUGGGCCUGUUCUUCACGGAGGACUCGCGGUUCACCAAAGUCCUGAAUCGCGAUCAGACAGACGAGCUGCGUGGCUGGAUACUACUGGUGGUGCUGAUAUACUACAUGACCGGAGCGCAGCGUGUGCUGCCCAUACACAUGCACAUCAAGCUGCUCAUCUCCGGCUAUUUCUUCCUCACCGGCUAUAUGCACUUCACGCACCUCUGGCAAACGGGUGGCAAUGGAUCGCUGUUCGUGCGCUUCUUUCAGGCCAUGUUCCGGGCGAACUUUCUCAGUGUGCUGCUGUGCUUCUGCAUGAACAGGCCCUAUCAGUUCUACUACUUUGUGCCACUGCUCUCGUUCUGGCUGUGCGUUGUUUACUUUGUGCUGGCGCUGCCGCCACGCAUAUCCUCGGCCUCCGUGGACGCCAAUCCGCUGCACUAUCUGUAUCUGGUGUGCAAGUGCAUUGGCUGCUUGGGCGGCAUCACGGUGCUCUUCAUGUCGGAGGUCUUCUUCGAGCGCAUCUUCGUGACGCGUCCCUGGAAGGCGCUGUUCGUGACGACGGACGACGAUCUGCACGAGUGGUGGCAUCAGUGGAAAUUGGACCGGUAUACGGUGGCCUUUGGCAUGAUCUAUGCCGCCUGCUUUCACAUUGCCCAGAAGUACAAUGUGUUCGACGACAACAAUCAUGGGAAUCUGUUCUCGCGGAGAACCUCCAUAUCGGUCACAUUGCUGGCACUGCUGGGCGUUGGCGUGUACACCUCGUUCUCGUUCCUCUGCCGCAACGUGCAGAACUGCGAGGAGAUCCACUCGUACAUCCUGUUCAUACCGAUUGUCGGCUAUGUGGUCCUGCGGAACAUCUCGGGCAUCCUGCGCACCCGCUACUCGGCGUUCUUCGCCUGGUUUGGCCGCAUCUCGCUGGAGCUGUUCGUCUGCCAGUAUCACAUUUGGCUGGCCGCCGAUCGACAUGGGGUACUGGUCCUGCUGCCCGGCUUCCCCACGCUCAACAUGAUCAUCACGUCGUUCAUCUUUGUGUGCGCCUCGCACGAGGUGCACCGGCUCACCCAAAUCCUGCUGCCCUAUGCCGUGCCCAGCGACUGGCGCCUGGUCAUGCGCAACUUCGUCAUCUUUCUCAUCGUGCUCAUACCCGUGGCCCGAUCGGACGGCAUGUUCUGAUCGAUCACCCGAUCCGAUCCGAUCCGAUCCGAUCCUGAGCGAUUCGCAAUCCAAUUGCCGCCCAGUUAGUGACCCCAAAGUAUUCGAUAGAUAGCAGCCCGCCCAUUUGGCAAAAAGAAAUAAGUGCAAACACACGAGUGUGUAACUCAGGGUGGAUCGGUUUUAAACGCAAGCUCAAAGUUCUAAAAUCACGUUGCAAUAUCUCAAUUCUUAACAAAGGAUAUUUAACUUUAUAGGACCAUAGGUCACAUGUUUGCUUUCAUUUUUCAAUAAGAAAACCACACGUAAAUUCUUUUAUAUAAAGUCAAAACUCUUUUUAAACUCCUUAGUAUAAUAAAGCAAUAAAUGUUAUAUAUGCUUCUCUUCUAUUGGCAUUUGUUAAAAUCGAGCCACCCUAGCUUAUAUAGUGCGUGUCAUAGCUAUAAGAAGUUAUUUCUCGUAACCGGAACGAAAACUUACCUUAAUCAAUAUCUCCAUUUGCUAAAACGUAUAUUAAGCGACCUUAAUUUUUUGAGUUAUACAUUUACAUUUUGAGAACUUAUAUUUUUCAAUAUUAUCAAAAUGUAUUUAGAAAGCAAAUUAAAUUCGAACCUAGUUUAUUAUAAUUAAGCUUACUCGAAACAUAGGUACCUUAAAUCGAUUUAAUUUGUAAGAUGACAGCUCCCAAAUAUUCUUUGUAUAUUUUUUAAGCAACUUUGUUAAGUGGAUUAUGGCUUUAACUUAACUGCGCAAUUUUCUUAUGGUUCUGAAACGCACUGUAGACACACAUUGAACAUUACACACAUAUAUACUUAUAGAGAUAACUUAGCUUUAAUUAAAUUUUGCACAAAUUACUUAACAACUCACCCAGCCACACAAAAAACAUUCACUCACUCAAACACAAGCAGCGGCAAACCAAAUGUAUGUAUAGAGCAAGAGAAUAAAGCAAUGGAUAUAUACUUA